AUACAUUACGCGUAAUAUUAACGAUGCAAUUUUCUUUUUUUUUUACAUCUUAAUCUAUACUUCGUAAUUUUUCUUAUAUUUUAUAAGCGUAAUGUAGAAUAGACUUUCGAUGGUUCAGGUUCGCUAACAUUUAUAGUAUCUUGUGAUAUUUGAAAUGCAAAUGUGAAAAAGAAAUAUAUUUUAUUUAACAAUUACUGUUUGGAUAAUUUAGAUAGUUUAAUAUAAUACAAAAGUUUUACCGCCAGUGGGCAUGCACGUAGCCAGGUUGGUGCGCCUACUGCAAACUGGAAUUAAAUUAUUUUUUGUUUCAAUGACAUCUCUGCCAUAUCUGAAUGUCUAACCUUCGGAUGGAAUUAAUUACAAUUGACAAUCUGUUAAAUGUGAUAAAUGAAUGUUAAGACAAAGUGAUUGUAUUCAUUUAUGUAAAUGUAUAUAUAAAAAAUAUCAUUUAUUAAAUAAUAUGAUUCAUCUGUAACAUAAGAUGAAACGACAUAAAUAUACUACAAGAUAUUAAAGUAUUGAUUAAGAAUGGACAUCAUUCAGUCUUUAUAUUCCAAUUUAAUUGAUGAAGAUAAGGCUGAUGUAUUGAAAGAAUUACUACACGCAUGCGUAGAUGAAAUUUGUGGACAUCCUGGACCAUCUUAUCAUAAGUUUAUGAAUCGUAUGAAUUGGAGUAAAGAAGCAUACGAAGAUAUUUAUAAAUUAAUAAUAAUGCUUUUACGUAAUCCAGCAUGUUUAUAUUUGGUGGAAGAAAAGAUGCCUCCAGAGUAUCAUGAUCUUCCCGAAUCGAUUCAAAAAGACAUCUUGAAUUGUCUAAAAGUUAGACAAGAACAACUAACACAUGCCUUACUAAUGGAACAUUCAAAACAAAAAUUACUAACUUUAGUUGACUUUGAUUGGAGAUUAAAACUUGUCAUGGGUACGAGUAAAAUGGCAUCGUUACGAGAACCUCUACUUCAAUUAGAUUUUAUCGUUGAAGAAAAGGGAACACGAUGUAUCAUUGACGUUGAAAUGAAUAAGGACGAAUUAGAUACGUUGAUAACUACGAUGGAAACAAUAAUACAAUAAUGUAUUCUCUGGUGUUUUAUACAAUAAAAUUAUUACGUUUGAAAAAAUA